AUGGCCAUGGAUUUCGACGAUAAGAGCAUCGACUACAUCAACACGUACUGUCGGGACACUCUGGCUCGCAGCCUCCGAUGCGACAAAGACUCCUCGAAAGGGAGGAUCUUGGUAGCCGAGCGGACGUUCCGUUGCGGUGACAGGCUUUUCGAGGAGUUGCCUUUGCACCUCGUGGCUGAGUCUCCCAAGGACCCCGCCUUCGUCCAGCUCAAGCGACUGUCCAAGUUGAGGGGUUUCGUCCACGCGCCACUCUGGUAUUGGGCCGCGCUGAACUCAUUGUCAGGGGCAGACUGCACGGGUUGCAGCGUCAAGCUGACGCCCGUGGAUGCCGAGAAACAACAGCGCUUGUUGAUGCUCUUCCAUCCGGAACCUCAGGCACCCUCAGAGGAUUGCAAAGCCAUCGUCAAUGAGUUCUGGUCUGGGCUUGGACCUGCUGCCAAGGCGGCUCUAGGGCUCAAACUCGAGAGUUUGCUGGCCGUGUGGCUGCUCAACUGCUUCGAGCACAGCGAGGAGCCGGUGGGCUUCUCCACCUUCUUCUUGCCGGCCUUUGUGUCUCACGACUGUCGGCCUAACUGCACCCUCUUGGCAUGGCCUUGGGAUGUGUUCGAUUCGGAGGGGGGAGGGUUCAGGAAAAGUGGGAUCCUUCGCAGCAAACCUUUUGUCGACCUGAUUGGAGUUUUCGAGCACAGGUCUAUGGCUCAGCAGGCUUUGUGGAGGGCUUCGGGGUUAAGGGCUGCUGCUGCUUAG